AUGCAUGACGACUCAGUGACUAUGCAGCAUGGUACUGGAGUGGAGAUGGAUGCACCUUCUUUUGCGACCAGACCCAAACGUCCUGGCGAAGUGGAGGUGACCAGUGUUUUUGAUGAUGUUGUGGCUGAUUCCUCUCUUCUUUCAUCCAUGGAAGCGCAAGUUGAUUCUCCAAAUGACCCUGGUCUUGCGGCACCAGUGACUCCACCUGUGAUUGCACCUCAGCUGCCCCCAACUCCAAGGCAGCAGCAUGCCACAAGAACUCAUGGUGAUGAUGUUGAAGAAAGCCAUGAAGCAAAACGAGGAAGUUUGGAGAAGCAGCCACAAGCACCUGAAAGUUGGGUUGACCAGCUGGCGGACCAAGUCGAGAUCAGUCGUUUGCUGAGCAUGGGUGUUCUCCAAAGAAAGGAGGAGUGCUUGGAUGAAGUCUCAGGAUCCUUGACUACCAGGUUUGUCUAUGACUGGAGGAUCAAGGACCAUCCCAAUGGGACCAAGCAAUGGAUGAGGAGCCGGUUUGUGGCUCGUGAGUUUGCCACAGACAAGCGCCCUGACACCUACAGUCCAGCGAGUGGGUGCCAUUCAGUGAACCUCAUUCCAAUUUGCUACCUGAAGAUGCUUGCCGAAAGUUUGGACAGUGCAGAAAGGUUUGAUGAGGACAGCAGCAGUCCCUAUCGUGUUGUUCUGGCGGCAUUGGACAUCAAGGAUGCCUUUCUUCAGGUUCCCCAAGAAAAUUUGGUGAUGGUUUCAUUGUACAACCAGCAGUAUGUCAUCAGACGCAAUCUUCCUGGUCAGAGACUUGGUGCAAAAGCUUGGUAUUGGCACUUUCGCCGAUACAUCAGUGAUGCUUUGAACUGUUGUUGGUGUUUGGAACAGCCUUGCCUUGCGAAGUGCGUGGAUGAUGGGACCAACAACUGCUUUCUGAUCCAUGUAGAUGGUUUGCUGUUUGCUGGAAGCUACAGUUUUUGGACCACCAAAUUCUUGCCAGCGGUGACUUCAAAGUUCAAUGUGAACUAUACAGAGUUGAAGGGAAAUGGAAGCUUCAUUUCUUUCCUGAAGCGAAAGCUGGUGAAGAUCAAAGAUGGUCUAUUGCUUGUCCCAGGCACUACAGCGAACAAAGUGGAGGAGUAUGAAGCGUUUGAAGAGAGAACUGUGGGAAAACAAAUGGUCAAGCGCAUGGCCAAGACUAUCAUGCGUAUGGCAGUGCUAUGGGGUCUUGAGCCCAACCUUCAAGGAGCAGAGGCAACAACUGUUGACGAGGAGGUUUGCCAACAGGUUCAGGCUUCUGGAAACAAUGAAGGAAAUACAUGGCUUUGGUUUUCAGUUUUUCUUCUCUUCAUGCUUUGGGUUGGACUUGCGGUGGCAGGAUAUGUUGCAUGGAAGAAAUUUGCCAAGACGACAACAGACUUGGAAUCAUGUUGGAAUCAAGUUGCAGAUGAGGAUUCCUACAUAGCAAAGCAGGAGGCGAGAAUUGACCAAGUGAUUCAACGCCUUGAACAAAUCAGAGAGCACAAUGAACAGGAUCAUGCGAUCAUUUCAGAUCGAAUUACAGAAUGCAGCAAUGAGUUGAGCAUGGUGCACGACUAUGCAUCGGGACUUCACUACAGCAUUGUCGAACAUGGAGGUUUCUUGCGAAAUGGAUGUGGUCUCAGUCCAGAGCAAUGGCGCCACCUAGCAACGCUCGAAAGAGCAAAUCUGGUUAGCUCAAGAGCUUUGGGUGCAGUUGAGUACAUGCGGCUGGUGCGUCAAAGGUUCCAGCCACAAGGAGCAGCAGAUGCAACAGACAACCCAAAUGCUGAAGCUGAUGAUCCAAUGGAUGAAUCAGAACCAGAGGUGCCAUCAGGACCCAUCAGCGAUGAAAGUUUGACAGACAUGCUUGAAUUCCUCAAGAGUGAACAUGGACUUUGCUUGGAAAGAGGUGAGCACUGGGAUGCCAACGAGGUACAACAUGUGAUCCUUCACUUCCUCUCCGAGAUCCACCACAGUUCAGCAGAAAGCUUGGUAGUUUCGUGCCGAGUACGCAUAGCUGGAUUGUUUGGAGAGCUGAAGGACAAAGCAGUUGAACAACAUCGAUGGGACAGUGCUGAUGUGGCGGCCUUGGUUCAAGCAGCGUCGGACGCUGCCAGAGACUUUAAUGUGAGUUUCAAGGCUUGGCUAUACUACGGCAACAAGCACUUUGAAACAGACCUCCACCGAGUUGAAGUGACCCAUGCUGAGACUCCAAUCACCAGCGUGGAUGGUGAGCCGCAGGUGGUGCUUGAUUCUGGCGCUGAUGGAUCAGUGCUUCCACUUGCGUAUGGUGAUGUAGGCUAUGCUGAUGAGUCAUUUGAUGGUUCCAAGUUCAUUGAUGCACAAGGAACCUGUGAUGAUGCUGAACACGUUCGAGCUCUUACGUUGGGUCGAGCGCUAUCAGGUCUAGGUCUGAUAUGGAUGAUGUACCAGCUGCAGAUGAAGCUGAACAACCUGUGCCUGAACGAGGAGUUGAUUGCAGCUCAUGGUGCUCAACAACAAUUACGUGGCGACAUUGCAAGGUGCUAUGCAUGUAGUUCCGACGCCGCAGAAGGGAGGAGCGUUAGACGUCUCCCGAAACCUUGGGAUAUGCAGAUGGUUGGCGAGGUGGAGGCUUCACCAUGGCAGUUUGGAUAUGCUUCACUUGGAGCACAACUCAUUUUGUCAAAGAGAAUUUCUGCGCCACCCAUCUUGUCAUUGCCACCUGCAAGGCCCCGAGACCUUGAUGCUGAAGCUGUGAUGGGCAUUCCACCAACACCCGACGAUGUUGGCAAUGAGGCUCCGAAGUCUCCCAGAGUGGUUGGACCACCUGCUAGUGCUGCCCCAGCUUUGACAGGACAAGCUCUUGAUGAGCAUAUGGAAGUAUCAGCUGAGGCGGGGACUUUGCCAAAACAGAUUGGACUCAGUGUGCCAAGUACGCCACCAUUGGAAGCCACUCCAACAACUCCAAUUGAUGUGCCAGCUACUUCAAGUGCCUCAGGUAGUGGCGAUGCGGCUAUGCCUAGUGUUGCUCCACGAGCAGCCCAUGGACGUGAUGAUGAAAAUGUUGAAAGGCCUGCCAAGCAUCCCCGUAUUUUUGCACUCAUGGAACAUGAAGAUGAUUCCCAUGCAACAUAUUUCGAAAAUGAUGAGGUUGAGAGCCUCGAAGCCUAUGAGUACACCCUGUGCGAUGAUGACCCAGGAGAUGCACAUGUGUAUGGCGACACAGAUUCAACCAGUGACAUUUUGCAGAAACUUUCAAUCCCUUACACAAAGUUAGAACCAGAACUUUCUGAUGAAGAUCUUUUGCAACUUGACCUUUUAGCCGAUGAGCUUGAGAUUUCUAGGUUGAAGUCGAUGGGAGUCUUGAUCCCUGCUGACACCUACGCCUAUGGCGAUGAGAUUCCAAAGAGGUCUCCAAAUGGUGAAUGUUUGAUGCUGCUGCACGUUGAUGUUUUGUGUUUGAGUACCCAAAAGUACCUCGACGAUGUACUGCUUCCAGCUUUGAACUCCAAGUACAAGAUUUCAUGUGAGAUCGUGUCCAAGGAAAAUGAUGAGCUUACGUUUUUGAAGAGAAAGCAUACUUUGAUCUCUGAGGACGAGAUGGCAAUUCAGAGUCAUCCCAAACAUCUUGAGCGUCUUUUCGAUCUACUUUGUAUCAAUCGACGCUUGAAACCAAAGAAGACACCAGGACACCCGAUGCUGGAUGAGCCUGACACGACUACCAAGCUGAGUGCUGGAGAUGCAAGUGCAUACAGGUUCGCCAUUGGGGACAAGGACGAUAUCAAGGUUCAUCUGGCGAUGGACAACUCUGCUGCGAGGGCCUUCCUAUGCCGUGUUGGAGUAGGCAGGAUAAGACACAUCAGCCUUAGGAUCCUGUGGAUGCAAGAGAAAACCAAAGAAGGUUUCAUGACUGUUGGAAAAGUUGGUACAAAAGAAAAUGUAUCUGAUUUGGGUACAAAGAGAUUGACCCGAGACCGUAUGGAAUAUUUGAUGAACCUCUGCAAAGUAUACAACAUGGCCAAUAGCCAAUUUGUUGGCUCCAGUUUUGCAGAAAAGUUGGAAGAACAGCAAAUAUUACGUGUUGGUAUCAAGAACCUCAGACAAAUGGGUUUUAAUGGGACAACCUCCAAAAGUUUGAUGCGAGUGCUACUCAUCAACGCCUUGAGCAGCACGAUGGCUAUGGAAUUGCCUGCUGACCCUUCUCCUUCCAGCUCUUCGAGCACUUCAGGGCCCUUUGGCAUGGUGAUGGCGUUCCUCCUAACCAUCAUUUGCUUGUUUUGUGGCUUUCUGGUGGUGACAGCUCAUUUUGGUGCUGCACUUCAAGGACGUCUUCAGACCUUGCGCAUGGAUGUUGCCCUGAGAAAGGUUCUUUCGAUGCUGAAGGCAUAUCGAAGGGAGCAUGGCUUGGAUGAGAUAGCUGAAGAAGAAAUUCCAACUACAGACGAGGUGGAUGCAUCAGAAGUUGAGGAUAGGAAUGAAACCUAUCAACAAAAGGUUGAAAGGUAUCAAAACUCUGGAACGGAUGAAGUUUCAGACGAUGAGCUAUGGCGCAUGGUUCACCAUGGAGCUCCUGAUGAGGAGGACACUGCAGCCUUCAAUCGAAGGUACACUGAUACGCACUUGGAGAAUAUCAUGAGGGAAACCAAUAGGAUCCUGGCUACCCGUAUGCAAAGGCUGAGAGCUGAAUAUGAAGCAGCAGCCGUGCGCAACGACCAGCUGUCUAUGGAUGCCAUUGAGAAUGAGAUGACCGAGUGCACUCAUUUUGCGCUAUGCAAUUUAGCAGUGCUUGGACCUCGAGCCCUAUAUGGUGACCUUUGCACCUGUGCUUGGACUUUUUGA